AUGUUCCACACUACUCAUUCAUGGGAUUUCAUGGAACUUUUGGAUGAUAAAACCAUGGAGAAUAUGGGGUACUCAAACAAAAACCAAGCAAAUGUUAUUAUUGGUAUCAUUGAUACAGGAAUUUGGCCAGAAUCCCCAAGCUUUAGAGACACUAACAUGCCACCAAUUCCACGCAGAUAG